CGGGAAGGGAGCGGAGGGGCGGAGAGCGCGCAUGCGCGGGGCGGAGCCUGCGCCUGCGCAGUGGCGUGGGGCGGGCCGGGGGCGGCGGCGGCGGCGGCGGCAGCGGCAGGGCCAUGUCGGGGGCCGGCGCGAAGCGGGGGGCCAGCGAUGGAGGGGGCGGCCCCCCCGAGAAGAAGCCCCCCCGGGAGGAGCAGCCCCCUACCACCCUCAUCGAACCCUUGCGCCUCGGUGGCAUCUCCUCCACGGAGGAGAUGGACCUGAAGGUGCUGCAGUUCAAGAACAAGAAGCUGGCCGAGCGGCUGGAGCAGCGCCAGGCCUGCGAGGACGAGCUGCGCGAGCGCAUCGAGAAGCUGGAGAAGCGACAGGCCACCGACGACGCCACCCUCCUCCUCGUCAACCGCUUCUGGGGACAGCUGGACGCAGAGGUGCAGGUGCUGCUGCGGCGCUAUGAAGGGGAGGGGGGGGGCACCCCCCGCCCCCCCUGGGGACCCCCCCGAACCCCGACCCGAGGGGCCAGCCCUGGGGGGGCCCCGGCGCCCCGCCUCCCCCUCCCCCCCCCCACCGCCCCCCCGCCGCCGGGGGGAAUCGGGGGGCGCCUGGGGGGGCCGGCGGCCGCCUUCGUGGCGGCGCUGAGCCGCAGCGGCCCCGAGGAGGGGGAGCUGCGCCUGCGCCCCCGCCUCGCCUUCGCCCCCGCCGCCGUCGCCCGCCUCGUGGAGGGGCUGGCGGGGGCCCAUCGCCGCGCCCAGGAGCUGGGCGCCCGCCUCGCCGCCCGCCCGGAGCUGGCGGAGGCGGGACGGGCGCUGCUGCGGGAGCUGCUGCGGGAGCACCGGCGCCUGCAGGACCUGACCCUGCAGCUGCAGGAGAAGCACCACCGCGUCUCCUUGGAGCUGGCGGAGCUGCAGGACAAGGCCACCUCGGCGGAGACCAAGGUGCUGGAGAUGGAGACGACGGUGGAGGGGCUGCAGUGGGACAGCGCCAAGCUGCGCAAGCGCGAGGGACGCCUCAACCGCCACCUCGCCGAGGCCCUUGAGCAGCUGACAUCAGGCUCCUACGGCUCCGGCAGCUCCGGGGGAUUCCAGGGGGGUCAGAUCACCCUCAGCAUGCAGAAGUUUGAGAUGCUGAACGCGGAGCUGGAGGGGAACCAGGAGCUGGCCAACAGCCGGAUGGCGGAGCUGGAGAAGCUGCAGCAGGAGCUCCAGCAGGCCGUGCGCGGCCACGAGCGCCUCAAGGUGGCCCUGCGCUCGCUGCCGGAGGAGGCGGUGAAGGAGACGCUGGAGUACAAGGUGCUGCAGUCGCAGUUCUCCCUCCUCUACCAUGAGAGCCUCCAGGUGAAGACGCAGCUGGACGAGGCCCGCGCCCUCCUCCUGGCCACCAAGAACAGCCACCUGCGCCACAUCGAGCACAUGGAGAGCGACGAGCUGGGGGUGCAGAAGCGCCUGCGGACGGAGGUGAUCCAGCUGGAGGACACGCUGGCCCAGGUGCGCAAGGAGUACGAGAUGCUGCGCAUCGAGUUCGAGCAGAACCUGGCGGCCAACGAGCAGGCGGGCCCCAUCAACCGGGAGAUGCGGCACCUCAUCAGCAGCCUCCAGAACCACAACCACCAGCUCAAGGGCGACGUCCAGCGCUACAAGCGGAAGCUGCGGGAGGUGCAGGCCGAGAUCAACAAGCUCCGCCUCCAAGCCAGUGGUGCCCCACCCCCCCAAGGGAGUGCCCCACCCCCUCCGCCCCCCCCAACCGCAGCCACCGCCCCCCCGGAGGAGACGGCCGCUGCUGGGGGAGGGGGGCCAGGCCCCGCCCCCAUCAAGGAGGAAGAGGGUGGGGCCCCGCCAGGCCCCACCCCCACAGAGCCCAAGCGGGAGGCGGCGGCCACGCCCGCCCCACCCGAGGCGCCCCCCCCGCGGCGACCGGCCGAGGAAGAGGAGCCCCCCCCUCCCGCCGCCGCCCCCGCCGCCCCCCCGGCCCCCGCCCCCGCCGCGCCCCCCCCGGCCCAGCCCCCCCCGCCCCGCGUCAAGGAGCCGCCCCCGGCCCCGCCCCGCCCCGGCGCUUCCCGGGGGGGCCCCGAGCGGGAGCGGGAGCGGCUGCGGGAGCGGGAGCGCCCCAAGGGACCCCCCGACGAGCCCAAGAAGAAGGACUCGGAGGUCCUCAAGCAGCUGCGGGGGGAGCUCAAGAAGGCGCAGGAGAGCCAGAAGGAGAUGAAGCUGCUGCUGGACAUGUACAAGUCGGCCCCGAAGGAGCAGCGGGACAAGGUGCAGCUGAUGGCGGCCGAGAGGAAGAGCAAGGCCGAGGCGGAGGAGCUGCGGGGGCGGGUGCGGGAGCUGGAGGAGCGGGAGCGGCGCGAGAGCAAGAAGCUGGCGGACGAGGAGGCCCUGCGGCGCCUGCGCCACGCCGAGGAGCAGAUCGAGCACCUCCAGCGCAAGCUGGCUGCCACCAAGCAGGAGGAGGAGGCGCUGCUGUCGGAGAUGGACGUGACGGGCCAGGCCUUCGAGGACAUGCAGGAGCAGAACCUGCGGCUGCUGCAGCAGCUGCGGGAGAAGGACGACGCCAACUUCAAGCUGAUGUCGGAGAGGAUCAAGGCCAACCAGAUCCACAAGCUCCUGCGGGAGGAGAAGGACGAGUUGGCCGAGCAGGUCCUCGCCCUCAAGGCCCAGGUGGACGCCCAGUUGCUGGUGGUGCAGAAGCUGGAGGAGAAGGAGCGGGGGCUGCAGAGCAGCCUGGCGGCCGUGGAGAAGGAGCUGGCCCUGCGCUCCCAGGCCCUGGAGCUCAACAAGAGGAAGGCGGUGGAGGCGGCGCAGCUGGCGGAGGACCUGCGGGCGCAAGGGGAGCACGUCCAGGCGCGGCUGCGGGAGCUGCAGGCCUGCGCCGCCGAGAACCGCGCCGCCAAGGACAAGGAGUCCCUCAGCCUCAAGAGAGCCCAGGAGGAGCUGUCACGGCUGCGGCGGAAGCUGGAGAAGCAGCGGAAGGUGGAGGUGUACGCCGACGCCGACCAGAUCCUCCAGGAGGAGAUCAAGGAGUACCGGGCCCGCCUGACGUGCCCGUGCUGCAACGCCCGCAAGAAGGACGCCGUCCUCACCAAGUGCUUCCACGUCUUCUGCUUCGAGUGCGUCAAGAGCCGCUACGACACGCGCCAGCGCAAGUGCCCCAAGUGCAACGCCGCCUUCGGCGCCCACGACUUCCACCGCGUCUACAUCAGCUGAGCCCCACGGCGCCCCACGGCGCCCGUGGGUGCUCCCCAGCCAACUGCGGGUGCUCCCUGUCCAACCACGGGUCUUGGAGGUGGGUCAACGCCACCUCGGAGGACCGUGGUUUCCUCUGUGUCUGUGUUAGCUGAACCCCGUGGCGAU